GUCAUCUGCCUAGCUAGUCCAAUCCACCGGUCGCCCACACGUAAUUCAAUGGGUUGUCAUGAAACAGCACUUGGUGGGGAGUGCGCUGGGUGUGAGUACCACCAUGCGUAGUCUCGAAUUCUAUCGUCUCAACGUCAAGGCAACCGCGCUGCGUGGUGUCUGUUCACCCACCAGACCUAACGUAUAAGAGAUCCGCGCUGCAGAGUGGUUAUCAACCACUCACCAGCGACUCUAGCCCAACCUCACAUCGACCCCCGCGAUGGCCCUCAUUUCCAAGAUUGUCGGCGCCGGAAUUUGCGAAGAGCAAAGCCUGAUAUUCGUCCGCGACAUGGCGUCGACGGAUGGCCUCCAUGACUCACUGCUACCGAGGAUGCGGGCUCGUUCUGUGGCAGCGUCCGAAUGUUAUGGAGAGAGUAUUCCGCAAUCCUGGCCGAGCUGUGCGACAUCUUUCAGCUCUGAUCAAGGGCCGUAUACAUGCCAAAGGUGUGGGGCCACGUUCGCCAAGAAGGACAGCUUCCUGCGGCAUGUAGGAGGGGGCAAUUGUCCCGGCUUCGUGCCGGCGUCCUGAUGGUUGGCGACCACAUUAUCCGUGGCUUGCAAGAAGCCUCGUAUCCCCUGCUCGAUGCAGGCAUGACGAUAAAACAACGCCCAAAAAACAUCCGCUGCCGCUGACGGUUGUAUCCGGUAUAGGCCUCCUCUCUCUUUCUCUCUCCGUUCUCUUCGACUCAAGGCACGUCUCGACCUUGACCGUUCCUUCAUGUACACCUAAACAAAUGUAAUCUUCGAUGUCAUGAGCAAUGAGUGGUUUUACAGCCUU